AACUUCUAGCUUUUCAUCACAACAUCUGCUGACUUGGCACUGCGUCGUCGUCAUACUCCAUACAACUUAGGGGAUGCCAUCCUAACCUUCAAACCAUCCCAUCUUGGACUUUAUCAGGACCUCAUUUAUUUCUGAAGCAGGACCAUCAGCUGCAACUGCAACCAAUGUAGCGACAAUGUUACAGAGUAUUCUACCGUGAACAGGACUUGCAUCAUCAGCCGGUGGCAAGCCAAUAUUGUUAGUUGCAGGAGAGCGAAAGUGUAAGAUGUUGAACUGAUCGAAAUUCAGAAUGUUGCCCGCAUAAGGUUAAUGUUUGUUCUCAUUCGUCGAUUUGGAUGUAUUCGUGAGGUUGUCUUAGCUUUGUUUUCGGAUCGGUUUCUGCAGACCUGUUGAGCCUAAACGGAUGUUCCGACUGUGACUGUGUGAAUGUAACCAUAGACAGCAAUCCAUCAAUGAGCAAAUCUCGUUAAAAUUAACAAAUAGUGGAAUUAUUUAUUUAGCGUAAAUAUCAAUAUAGCUGGCACUGUUGGUUUGGAAUCUUAAUUUGUGCUGACGGAAGAGGGUCGCUUAUUGUUGUCUAGAAAUUAAGCUAAGACACGAGGUGUGUGUAGUCCUACACUAGAUAAGUUACACGUGUUGCUGCUACGAAAGUGCAAGGUUCUCUUUACGCGUACAUCAGUUACCUCAACUUAAGACCUCCGUCCACGAGACCAAUCAGAUGUGAGAAGUGAUUGGCUCUGGACGCACUCCAUAAUAUAUUGCAGCAUCCGUUUUUUUAUAACCACUGAAUACUUUUGGAUUUUUUGGGAUCUACUACCACGUCGUCGAAGAUGUCGUGCCUUCUGUUUGGAGUACUGAGAAGACCGGGGACAGCCAUGGGGCUGCGUUCCCUGGCCUCUAUCCCUUCCCUCCCACCUGCGGUGGCUGAGUUUGUGAAGGGGGCAGUGGAUGAGUGCAAGCCCUCCAAGGUCCAUGUGGUGACUGGGUCGCCUGAGGAGCUUGAGGACAUUUACGCAGACAUGCAAAAAGAGGGCAUGGUCAAGAAACUGCCUAAGUAUGAGAACUGCUGGCUGGCACGCACAGACCCCCGCGACGUGGCUCGUGUGGAGAGUAAGACGGUGAUCGUAACAAAGCAGGAGCGCGACACCAUCCCCAUCCCCAGUGGCGGGGCCAAGAGCCAGCUGGGCAGCUGGAUGAGCGAGAGCGACUUCCAGAAGGCCAGAAAGGACCGCUUCCCUGGCUGCAUGGCUGGGAGGACGAUGUACGUGAUCCCCUUCAGCAUGGGUCCAGUGAACUCCUCGCUGUCCAAGUUUGGCGUCCAGGUCACAGAUUCCCCAUAUGUGGUAGCUAGCAUGGGUGUCAUGACCCGCAUGGGCAGUCCUGUCAUGCAGAAGCUGGCACAGGGGGCAGAGUUUGUGCGGUGCCAACACUCGCUGGGCAGACCCCUCCCUCUGAAAGCUCCGUUGGUGAACUCGUGGCCUUGUAACCCAGAGAAGGUGCUGAUCUCCCACCUCCCAGACACCAGGCAGAUCCUGUCCUUUGGAAGUGGCUACGGAGGAAAUUCACUGCUGGGGAAGAAGUGCUUCGCCCUGCGCAUUGCCUCACGCAUCGCCAAAGAUGAGGGCUGGCUUGCCGAACACAUGCUGAUCCUGGGCAUCACCAGCCCUCAGGGAGUGAAGCGCUACGUGGCGGCGGCAUUCCCGAGCGCUUGUGGGAAGACCAAUCUGGCCAUGAUGAAGCCGGCGCUGCCAGGUUGGACCGUGGAAUGUGUUGGGGACGACAUCGCCUGGAUGAAGUUCGACAGCCAAGGAAAACUCAGAGCCAUUAACCCAGAGAACGGUUUCUUUGGAGUAGCUCCAGGCACCUCCAUGAAGACUAACCCCCACGCCAUGGCAACCAUUGCCAAAAACACGGUCUUCACCAACGUGGGUGAGACCAGUGACGGAGGGGUCUGGUGGGAAGGCCUGGAAGCCCCUGCCCCUGGUGUCGGCCUUACUGACUGGCACGGGAAGUCGUGGAAGAUCGGAGAUGGCACUCCCUGCGCUCACCCCAACUCACGGUUCUGUGCCCCCGCUGGCCAGUGCCCCAUCAUCGACCCCCUGUGGGAGAGCGCCGAGGGUGUGCCCAUCGAUGCCAUCAUCUUUGGAGGCCGCAGACCAGAAGGUGUGCCCCUGGUCUAUGAGUCCUUCAACUGGCGUCAUGGCGUGUUCGUAGGAGCAGCUAUGAGGUCAGAGGCAACAGCUGCAGCAGAGCAUAAAGGAAAGGUCAUCAUGCACGACCCCUUCGCCAUGCGCCCCUUCUUCGGCUACAACUUCGGCGACUACCUGGCCCACUGGCUGAGCAUGGAGUCACGCAAGGCCCCCACGCAGCUGCCCAAGAUCUUCCACGUCAACUGGUUCCGCAAGGACCCAGCCAGCGGAGCCUUCCUGUGGCCCGGAUUCGGCGAGAACGCCCGCGUGCUGGAGUGGAUCUUCCGCCGCUGCGGCCGCCAGAGCGACGACGAGGCGGCCAAGCAGAGCAUGGUGGGCUGGGUGCCCCAAGACGGUGCCAUUAGCAUGGAGGGGCUCGGCGAGAAGGUGGACAUGGGCGCACUGUUCGACCUGCCUAAGCCCUUCUGGCAACGAGAGGUGCAUGAGCUGCGGGCGUACUUCACCCAGCAGGUCGGCGCCGACCUGCCCGCACAGGUGGGCGAGGAGCUCAACGCACUGGAGGAGAGGGUGAGGGAUUGAGCAGAGGAGAGAGGGAUAGAUAAAGUAGAUAGAUAGAUAGACAUGGACAGGAGGAGGAGAAGGAGGGAUGAGAUGGUUUAACUGGGUGGGGGGUGGGCUAAUGCCAACACAAUGGACACUAAAGUUAAUGAAAAAGCUACUGCAUGAUCAUUUUUUUGGGGUCGGGGGGAGGAGUUAACGGGAAGACAAUGGAUAAUAAAGUUGAUGAAGGGUGGGUGGGGCGGGGCCUGUUUAGAGCAUUAAUGUGAGCAACAUGUGAGGCUGUGAAUUUGACAUUCCAUGACCAAGGCGAAAAAUGUAAAUUGUGCGUGUGAGUAACGGUGUCAUGGAGUGGCAGAAAAAAAAUAAUGUAACGUCCUGUGAUCCUGACCAAAGAAGCUAAGCCACCCCUUUGUUCUGAGAGCUGAAGGGUCGUUGUUCCUUCAAAGAGGAUAUCAUCCAACAGAGCCAAUGCAAUUUAGUGCCUUACUGACACCUCACAAUAGCUUAACAGAGAAGAGACAUCAGGUGUUUACAAACACAGCCCCACAACUGGGGGAAAGCACAGUGUUUCAUGGAACUACAACCUCGCAGUCUUUUAAUUAAUUACUCGUGUCAUUUUUCAUCAGUGGAUUCUCUUGAAAUCCUCAAAUAGGUCAUAACCACAGUGUUUGUGAAGUGGUUUUUUUGGCUUUGGUAGAUGAGGUAACGAGGUUGUACUGAAGCACAUACGACUUGGAGGGUUUAGCUGAAGGUUAUGGGCUGUUAGACUGUCUGUCCUUGUCUGCUGGGUUGCCAGCCAGCAAAGGAAACACAUUGUGAUAGCUCAGGGAGCAAAUCAGUCACUUUAUAAAGAAACACACAUGGAAUGAAAUUAUUUUUAGUUGAAGUUUUAAAUGUUAUUAAAAAUCAAGAAACUAAAACUAUUUUAAACCAAAGCUAUUUUUCAAUGAAUUGGUAAUGCAUGGCAAGUUUACACAUAUUCUACACUGACGUGUCUGGACCAAAGAAAAUGCUGAACUGUUUUUAUCAAAACUGAUUUAAUAAAAACAAACAUAAAUAUG